ACGUUCUCGCUGCGCGCCGUGCGCUACCAGCCACUCGAAGUGUCGGCUCCGAGCAACGGAGCUACAAUCCGGCUAGCCAAGGGGAAGCUCUUCACGGCCAAGUCUUUCGCAACGCCUGUCACACAACGACCUGUCCCGCCGCUCUCGGAUGAGACCAUUACUUACAUCUUUUAUUUUGAUAUUUUCAUACGCAAGAACAGCUUCACCGGUCAAGGGCCUGAAUACGUAGCAGACUUGCUUCAAGACGCCUCUGGCCAGAAGUGGCUACAGCACAUGGUCUUCGGCACAUCUCAGGCUCUCAUCGCCAGCGGGCCGUCAGCAUGCACCUCGGGAACAAUGCGAAAGUUCUUCAUACAGGCACGAACUUUUGAAGUCUGUAGAAGCAUAAUAUUCAACCAGUCCAGCUUCCUGGCAACACCAGAGUGGAUGAAGGUGACACGAAAUUUAUCGGAAGAGGCAAACAUUCAAAGUCGGGCUUCUGUAGAUGAUAUCCUGAACAUAAUUGUCUUCUGCUCCAGGCUUAGAGCACGUACGGGCCAAUUCAUUACAACUUACGCCAGCUUCCCCGGAGUUGAGGUCCCAUCCAUCGAUGCGCUAGAACUUGCCACAGAGGGCUUCUAUCUUCGCGAUGCACUUGAGACUUGGAAGCUUGAUGCAUCAUUUUCUUCUGCCCAACACAAUGAGAUGCUUCUCGCAAUGAGUUACUACUCGGCAACAAGCAUAUAUCUCUCUGGAAACUAUGACUACGACCUACAUCACUGGCAAGCAAUGACCGUUGCGGUACCAGUGCUAAGCCGAGAUGAGAUAUUGAAGCAUGUUGAAGACAUCUUACAGACAACCAGGGAAGCGCUUCGAUCCUCUACUCUAUCGCCGCUUCUGCACCUUUUCCCACUACGAGUAGCAGGGGCAAGGUCCGAAGAACAUUCCCAGCGGCAGGCCGUGACUGAGUGUCUGCUCGAAGUCAAAAAGCAAUUCGCUGUUUCCGAUGCGAUGUUGGUCGAACUCGACGAGUUGUGGUCUUUAAGUCCCAUUCAAACACCCUUAGACAGCUGA